GUCGUGUUGAGCGCCAUGAUACGUUUCCGCAGCCUUCGCCAAUAUGACAUUCACCGGCGAGUCAUGGAUUACGACGGCUUAUGACAAGCCUAAUAUGCAGGAUUACAUCGGGUACAAGAAAGCGCACGAAGGCCUCAAGGUCGGUGUAGCUUUCGGAGGCUGGGAUCUCGGAAAGGUUGAAUUCAAGGCGGCGAUGUCGGAGGGAUCUGCGCGAGUCAAACUCCUCGACGACUUUGAGAAUUGGUUCAAAGAAACCGAUCCCACCGGAGAGGUCUUCGACUUGAUCGAUAUUGACUACGAGUACCCUCAGAAACAGCCCGACGAAUCGGCGGGUUUCAUCAGUUUCUUGAAAGCCCUGAGGGACAAGUUCCCCGACAAGGAGAUCAGCGUCGCCGUGUCUGGCCUCCCUAGUGAUGGUGGCUAUGCCAAACUAGGCUCUGUCAACGACGAAAAGAAGGUGGUGGACUUCUUCAACGUUAUGACCUACGACAUCGUCAACCGAGUGUCCACGCAAGCCGGCCAUCACUCGUCUCUGAUAGAGACUGAGAAUUCACUCAAGCUCUGGGCGGACGAAGCGUAUGGUCUCAAGUAUGAGGAUAUCAAUGUCGGAUUCGCUUUCUACGCCAAAUGGUUCGGCAUCUCGAAUAAAGACGAGUGCAAGAACGAUCCCAAGAAGUGCAAGUUCGUCGUGAUGCAGACGAAGCAAGAAGACCAAUGUCCCACCAUACCGUACAAACAAGAAGUCACCGCCGAUCCGAUGAGCGUCGUAGAUUGCGGAACUUCUAGCGCCUUCCGUUUCCAACCCAAGAACAAUGCCAACACGUUCUACCACGACGUGAAGCUGAAGUCCGGCGGGAACUUCACCAUGUAUGAGAACGCUCAGGCGUCGUACGGACGUGUGCCCUGGGACAGCGAGGAGAAGGGCAUCUAUGACAGUGACGCCAAAGCUUCUCUCUGGGUGGAUGACCAGGCCGAGUUCCCCUUGCUCUGGUCGUGGCAAUCGCCCAAGGGAAUGAAAGAGACCUGUGACGGCCUCAAGGAGCUCAACGUAGGUGGCUAUAUGAUCUGGAGCUUGGGAGGAGACAACGAUAAGCACAGCCACAUCAAGGCCCUGCAAGAGUCGUGCUGGAAGCACGAGUAGGUUCAACCUACUCUUCGAGGUGAUGCCUCUCUUUUCCUUUCGCCUUCUAUCCAAGAUCAUUUCGUGCUUCACGACAUUGCUUGACUACCCAAUCCUUGUAUAAUCCUUAGAUCUUGAUCAUCGAGCAUGCGCUGUGCCCCUUGUUGCUAUG